UGGGAGGAGGAAAACCUCCCGCCGUCCCUUUAACAGCCAGCGGCGCUGCUCGGAGUUCAGGCCGGGGUCAGGGGGAGUUCGCAGCCCGGGUUUCACCUCCGAGCUGGCGGCGUCGGGAACCCCGAGGAACCGCUGCUGCUUCUUCCACCGCCUCCUCCUCCUCCUCCUCCUCUUCCUCCUCCUCCCGUUCCGUAGGACCGGCCGGGAGCGCGGGGUAUGGAGGAACAGCAGCAGCAGAAGAGGAGGAGGGUGGAGGGGAACAGCAACCGGCGGCGGCCCCCCCGGGGCUGAGCCAUGAGAGUUCACCGAGACUUCGGCUGGUUGGCGGAGGCCACCGGGCGCCCAGGGCGGCGGGUGAGGAGCGGGAUGCUGGACGCCAUGGAGGUGCCGAGCCACUCGCGGCAGCUGCUGCUGCAGCUGAACACGCAGCGCACCAAAGGCUUCCUGUGCGACGUGAUCAUCGUGGUGCAGAACGCGCUCUUCCGCGCGCACAAGAACAUCCUGGCGGCCAGCAGCGCCUACCUCAAGUCGCUGGUGGUGCACGACAACCUGCUCAACCUGGACCAUGAGAUGGUGAGCCCCGGCAUCUUCCGCCUCAUCCUCGACUUCAUCUACACCGGCCGCUUGGCUGAGUGCGAGCCGGGCGGCGAGCAGAGCCUGGGCGCCGUGCUGGCCGCCGCCAGCUACCUCCAGAUCCCCGGCUUGGUGGCCCUGUGCAAGAAGAAGCUGAAACGCAGCGGCAAGUAUUGCCACUUACGCGGGGGUUACGCACCCUACAAGCUGGGCCGGGGUCUGCGCGCCGCCACGCCGGUUAUCCAGGCCUGCUACUCGGGAACGCCGCGUCCCGUGGACCUGCCGUCCGUGGAGCCGUCGGCGCCACUCAACACGCAGUGCGGGGAGCUGUACGCCUCGGCCGCCCAGGGCACCCCGCUGCACCCCCACGGGCUGUGCCCGCCCGAGCGCCACUGCUCACCGCCCUGCGGCCUCGACCUCUCCAAGAAGAGCCCCACCGGACCCUCUACCCAGCUCCUACCCACCGACCGCCUGCUGCCCGGCGAACCCCACGAGCCCUCGCUGCCCCCCCGGCACGACAGCCCCCCCGUUAGCGCCGGCCUCCUGGCCAGCCACGCCGCUGCCUACAAGGACUCCCCGCCGGGUGGUGAGCCUGGGGGGCACCCGCAUGCGCCGGACCCGUUCCGCAGCACGCCGCCCUGCGCCGAGCCCCCGCUGCCCCGUGCCGACGGGCGCGAGCUGAUGUACCGCUGGAUGAAGCACGAGCCCCUCGGUCCCUACUUGGAUGAAGGGGAGGCGGAGAAGGAGCUGGAGCGGGAGGAAAAGGCCGAGUCGCCGCCUGCGGCGCCGCAGCCUCGUUACCCCAGCGUGGAGAGCAACGACCUGGAGCCUGAUAACAGCACGAGCGAGGAGACGGGCAGCAGCGAGGGCCCCUCGCCCGGCGAUGCACUGGACCGCUACUGCAACCAUCUGGGCUACGAGCCGGAGAGCCUGGGUGACAACCUGUACGUCUGCAUCCCCUGUGGCAAGGGCUUCCCCAGCUCCGAGCAGCUCAACGCGCACGUGGAGGCCCACAACGAAGAGGAGCUGUAUCACAAGGCAGCGGCCGAGCAGGCUGUGCCCUUCCUGGACAAAGGUGGCCCGGGUCUGGGUGACAUCCUGCGUCCCUACCGCUGCUCAUCCUGCGACAAGUCCUACAAGGACCCCGCCACGCUGCGGCAGCACGAGAAGACGCACUGGCUGACGCGCCCGUACCCCUGCACCAUCUGCGGCAAGAAGUUCACGCAGCGCGGCACCAUGACCCGCCACAUGCGCAGCCACCUCGGCCUCAAGCCCUUCGCUUGCGACGCCUGCGGGAUGCGCUUCACCCGCCAGUACCGCCUGACCGAGCACAUGCGCAUCCACUCGGGAGAGAAACCCUACGAGUGCCAGGUGUGCGGUGGGAAGUUCGCUCAGCAGCGCAACCUCAUCAGCCACAUGAAGAUGCACGCGGCCGGCCCCGACGGCAAAGCCAAGCUGGACUUCCCCGACAGCGUCUACGCCAUGGCCCGCCUCACUGCCGACCAGCUGGGGCUCAAGCAGGAGAAGGCGGCCGAGCUCCUCUCCCACACCUCGCACUUCCUCAGCGACCCCAAGGCCAUGGAGAGCCUCUACCCAUUGGCCAAAUUCACAGCCGAGCACCUGGGGCUGAGCCAGGACAAGGCGGCCGAGGUGCUGGUGCAGGCUCCGCACCUCCACGCCGAGGCUGCCCGGACCAUAGAGCGAUACUCGCCGCCCUAGCGCCGGCCCGGCCGGGGGGUGAGGAGGGCUGUGGGCUCCCCUCGCUGCCCCGCGUGGAGCUGGGGACAAGAGGCGAUGGGUGCUCGUCCCCCAGUGCUGCCGAUGGCCCCCGGAGAACUGGCUCGUAGCGGAGGGUCCCAUGAGAGCUGCCCCGGCACGGCUGGACGGCGCGUCCCGCCACGGGAGAAGCCGGGAAUUCAGGGACUGACCUUGUGGUGUGGCUCCCCCCUUGCCACGGGGGACUGCUGGGAGCGAAGCACAAGCUGUGAGGCCGGGCUGCACCCCGAGGCUUUGGAGGACAUGAGCCCGCUCCUUACCUCAGGGCCACCCCGGGCGAAGGGGGACACUGGUGGUGGCUGCCCCCAUCACCCCGGCCUUUGGCCAUCGGCUCUGCCACGGCGGGACCCGGACUGUGCCCGUGAGUAGUUGAUCCGUCGCGGCUGGAGCGAUGCGUCCGAGCUGCCGGCAGCCUUCCCGAUGGGAAUGGUGAGCAUGGGGCUGGGUUGUGCCUUCCAAACCCCCCUCUAUGGCCAUGCUGGGAGCUUGGGGACAGACGGACAGAGGGGGACGGUGCUGGGGGUGCAUGGGGGGGACGGUGGCCGAGGCCGGGGGGUGGCUGGGGAACCCCCACCAGAGCAAGCACUGAGCUCCCGGCCCGAUCCUGGCCUGAUCCCGGCGGCUCCCCUGUGUUUUCGGGAGCUGGGGCAGGGCCUGUCACAGACUGAGCCCCUGGGCACUGCCCCAGCCAUCAGGGAUGCCCGGGGGGGGGGACCCGACGGCUUCGCCCUCGCCUCAAAUUCUCUGUUUUAUUGUUAUUAUUUGCCAAAGAUGCCCGUCCCCAGCGUGGCCGGGCUGGGCCGGGGAGGGGGGGGCACGACAAAGACAAAGCGGUCUGGUUUGUCAGCUAUGGGGUUGGGGGAUGCGUGGGGCUGCGGUGACCUGGGACCCCCCAAACCCACCUUCUGCUCAGUGUGGGCAAAGCUCCCCCCUCCCCGGCCCGUGCCCUGACCCCUCUGCCUGGGGCUAAUGUGAAGCUUCUCCCCCCCUCUCCUUUGCACACGAGGCCCCCGUGGGGUGGACUGUCCCCGAGGCCUCGCAGCCACUGUGCCUUAGCCCGAGCUGGCCGCUCCUGCCCAGGGUCCCCUCUUGUCCCUUCCUUGGGGUCCCCAGGGCUGGCAGCACCCGAAGCACAGCUGGCAGCCGCCGGCCCCCCUCUGUAUCACGUCCAGUUUGUACAUGGGCUCCUUGCCUCUCUUUUUUUUAAUAUAGUCGAAACCAAAUGAGCAAUAAAGUGACAUUAAACGUG